AUGCCAUUCGCAUAUCUUCGCAAGCACCGCGCUGAGCAGGAGCGUCAACGAGCACGUCCAGGUGUGCCACGGCAGCCUCGAGAUGCGUCCUCGGGAAGGGCUGUCAAGAUCGGACUCAUGGCCAUUGUCUUCGCGCCGAUCCUGCUGCAACUGCCGUGGCUGCACAGCGCGUUCGGUCCGGGCUCGCGGAUGCCUGCACUGUGGGUGCGAAGUGAUCCACCGUCGACUGGCAGCGAAGGAAGCACGGAUUGCUGGAACGUAGCAGGCGGCGAGCAGUUCCGAUUCUGCGAAGACAUGCAUGCAAUCCCGGGUACGUCGACAGUGCUGAUCAGCUGCGACGCACACCGCGCUGGGUGGAACACCGUCAUGGGCCCGCUCGCUGAUGCACAACCCAGAGGCGGACUGUUCAGCUACUCCUAUCCGACCUCGCCCUCGCCCCCAGCCGCAGCAGAGAGGGGAGAAGCCAAGCCAGUGGCACUGGUCAACUUCCCGCAGAACAGCACGUUUCACCCGCUCGGCGUGUCGCUUCUGCCCCACGCACAAGAAGGCAAGAGCGGCGGGCUGCUUUUCGUGGUCAACCACAGACGCGAGCGCUCGAGCGUCGAGCUGUUCCAACUGUCAUUAGGCGAGGAUGGAUGGGAGGCGAUUUGGCAGCGAAGCAUCGUUCACCCAGUAGCGACGCAUACGCCGAACUCGAUCCAUGCGUUGACGGCAUCUUCGUUCGUGGUGACUAACGAUCACUUUUUCGCGCGGAGGCCGGGGCCGCUGGAUACGCACCUCGUCCCUCUGCUUGAGCAGGUGUUCUUUGACAGUGCGAUAGCAGGUGGACAGGCAGGGUGGAGGAAGUGGCUGGUCGUUCAAGCCGCGACGUUGUUGAGUAAGAGAGCGGUAGCCGCGAGACUGGCGCAACUGGAAACGGUGCUGGGUCUGUCGUUGGGCUGGGUGAGCUAUGUGCAGUUCGAACCGGACUCGAAGAAGGGGGAGGAGGAUGGCGUGGAAGUGCGCAGGAUCGCGACAGGGAUCCCAUUCGCGAACGGAGUCGCUGUCACCCCAGACGAGCGUACGAUGAUCGUCGCCGCCACAACGUACCCCGGUAUCUGGAUGUACGACCUGCCGACCUCCCACCCGCUCCAAUGGCACCUGCGCCCGACGACAAAGCUCCACCUUCCCUUCCGCGUCGACAACCUCGCCUGGUCCCACCCCACCGUGCACUCGCCUUGGACCUCCACGUCAAAGUUCAACAACCUCACGCUGCUCGCCACGGGCCACCCGGCGCCCUUCCGCCUGAUCGCCAUGUCUCAAUCGCCGCUCUCGCGCACAAGCCCGAGCUGGUCCGUCGCCAUCGCGCCACACGCCCCCAGCACCGUCGCACAGGUGUGGGAGGAUAGCGACGCGCCCCUGCCCGCCCACCACUUCACCCUCUCGCACAACCCGCUCUGGUCCAUCCGCACCCUGCUCCAGAGCACCGGCGAAGCGGCCCGCGUGGGGAAACACGGUGAAAAGGUCAAACUGCCUUCCAGCGCCAGCUCGUUCUUCCACUCGUAUGGACACGCGACCAAGGGCACGCUGCUCGUCUCCGGCCUCUACGGCCCUGUUCUAGCGUGUACGAACGUCUCCACUUGA